AUGGAAGGCACCGGAUGGGAGAAGGUUCCAACUUUGCAAAGAGAGAGGAGAUGGUGGAGAAACAAAGGUGGGGUUUCUUCCUUCCCCUGUCUCCUCCUGAGGUCUGACCAUGACCAAAAGGCCCAUAUGAAUUGGGAACAGGAGGGGGGUUACGGUCUUCCUGCUUGGCGGAGACGGGUGGGGAGUUCUCCUGGCUGCAGAGGGGCAUUUCUGCGUCGGAGUGGCUCGACCAGCUUCCCAACCAAGCCAUUAACUCAAUCUCUCUUCUCGGCGUCACCCAUGUCUUCAUCAUCGCUCGUCUGCCUCACGCUUCUCCUCGUAAGCUUCACUAUCUCGGAAGCAAGAGACUACUUGGUCGGGGGCGACGACCGGGCCUGGAGAGUCCCACCCACCACCAACGACUCCCUCAACCGGUGGGCCGAGAAGAAUCGGUUCCAAGUCGGCGACUCCCUCGUUUGGAAGUACGACGCCGCGAAGGACUCGGUGCUGCAGGUGACCAGGGAGGCGUACUUGAGCUGCAACAGGUCGAGCCCGGUGGCGGAGCACAGGGAUGGGACGGCCGUGGUGGAGCUGCACCGCUCGGGGGCGUACUACUUCAUCAGCGGCGCGGAGGGGGCUUGCGAGCAGGGGGAGAAGCUGAUCGUGGUAGUGAUGUCGGAGCGGCACUCGCUUCGCGGCGGUCUCGCUCUGGGUCCCGGUCUGACGGAGUUCGAGGGCCCGGCGGUGGCGCCAACCAGCGGAGCUUCGACGACGGUCGUACUGAAGAGCGGAGUCGCGGCUGCUCUGCUGGUGUUGGGGAUCAUACUGUGAUGGUGUGGUGAUGACGACACAUGCGAUUUAUAUUCUUAUAUUCUUUUAUUCUAUACAGUGCUUAUUAUUUGGGAUUA